GAGAACCCAUAUUAAGCUCUUUUUCCCACAAACAGGACCCUUCCGCGUGUGCAGGGAUUAGCUUUCCUGUCUGUACCGCAAUUCCUGAAUGCAACACAGCUUCGCACAUCAGUUGGUUUCGUCCCUCCGCCCGUAUCCCUUGCUUUCCUCUCAUACACGCCUCUCGGCCGAUUGACCUGAGAUGUCUGUGCGUGUGGUUGCCAGAAUCCGUCCGCUGCUUGAAAAAGAGCUCGACAAGGAUAUCAUCGUGCACGCAGACCGCGUCGGCGACGGGAAGCCAUUGACCGUCGUCAAGAUCCCGAACCCCAAAAACGAGGCUGAAGAGUUCUCGUUUGCCUUCAACAGCGUCUACGAUCAGGCCACAACACAAGAAGACCUGUUCACCGCUGAAGUGGCCCCCCACGUGAAGGCGCUCUUCCAGGGCUUAGAUGUGACAAUCUUUGCCUAUGGCGUCACGGGUACCGGCAAAACACACACUAUGCGUGGCGGCCUGAGGCUUGCCGAGCGCGGCGUGAUUCCCAGGCUGCUGAGCAACGUCUUUCGCAGAGCCAAGAAGCUCAUGAAGGACACCAAUGGCUCGACAACAGUGGUCGUGGCCCUCUCAUACUACGAAAUCUACAACGACAAGGUCUACGACCUGCUGGAGCCACCAGAGAAACGGACAGCCGCGGGCCUUCCGCUUCGUGAAAAGGACGGGAGGACCAUCGUCGUCGGAUUAUCGGAGCGCUCAUGCGACGACCUUAAGGACUUCGAGAGGCUGUACAUCGAAGCAAACAAUAACCGCGUCACGGCUGCGACCAAGCUGAACGCCCACAGCAGCAGAAGCCACGCCAUCUUGCGUGUCAAGGUGACACAGACAACCGAGAACGCAGUGAAGGAGAGUACGGCGUCCGCCAUUGACUUGGCCGGCUCGGAAGACAACCGGCGAACCGAUAAUGGCAAGGAGAGGCUGGUCGAGUCGGCAGCCAUCAACAAGAGCCUUUUCGUGCUGAGCCAGUGCAUCGACGCCAUCUCGCGCGGUGACAAGCGCAUCCCGUACCGGGAGUCCAAGAUGACUCGUAUCCUGUCGCUCGGCCAAAACAACGGCAUCACCAUCAUGAUCCUCAACCUCGCGCCGAUCCGCAGCUACCACCUCGAUACGCUCAGCAGCCUGAAUGUCAGCUCUCGCGCCAAGCGCAUCGAGGUGCGCGAGAUCGAGAACGAAAUUGUGUACAAGCAACCUCCGCGCACCAAUUCCGGUCUGGGAGGUGCCAGCGUCCAGCGUCAACCCCUGCGGCCGCUAAACAGCGCCCACAACAUUCACACGGGCGCGCUGGCAGCCAAGGCGGCGGAGAAGGCUGAAAAGCCAGACAAGCCCGUCAAGGCAUUCAGCGUCUACACCGACAAGAAGCCCACCGUCGCGGCACGCCCCAUCGCCCCGGCGGCCAACAGCUCCCAACCGAGACAACCUCUCCAAAUCAAGCGGCCGUCCGAGGGUCAGGAGACGGCUCUCAUACGCCCAUCCAAGCUCGCUCGUCCGACCCAGUUCCCGGUGCCCCGCCCGACGCAACACACACUAUUAUCCCAACCCCAGCAACCACAGCAACCACAGCAACAAAUCACAAUCACGCCCUCCCAGAUCGAAGCAAUGGUCGAAAAGAAGGUAGCCGAGAUCCUUGCCUCCCGCGCAGCAGCCGAAGCCGUGUCCGCACCGCCCGCUGCGCAACCGUGCACAACAGACCUCAUACCUAAUAACAACACGCCGACCGCCGCGAAUGCAACCCAAAACGAAAUCAGCGAGGAAGUCAAGCGCCGUCUGGAAGCCCUUGAGCGGCGCAUCGACAACGAAUCCCGCAGCAACAACAACAAGGACAGCGACGAUGACGGUGGCCGGCGGGCAAACGGGCUGCGCCUGCUGCUCCAGGCGCGGCAGGCCAAGGAGCGCGGGGAUGACGAGGCGGCGCUGGGGUUGUAUGAGCGGGCCCUGGAGGUGUUUCCCGGACAGAGGAAGUUGCUGGGGAAGAUUGAGCGGUUGAGGGUUAAGCUUGGGAGGGCGGGACAAGUGGACAAGGCCAAUAAUAAGAAGGAGAGGAGUGAAGCGAGGAGUGGGACGGGGGUGGAGGACGAGGAGGAGGAUGGAGAGUAUCGGGAGGCGGAGGCUGAUGUUGAAGAAGACGAUAAUGAUAAUGGCAAGGGGAAGAUUGGGACGCCGGUUCGCGGCAAGGGUAGGAGGAACAAGGCUGCUGCUCAAAAGGUAGCCAAGAAUGUGGAUCCGGGUGUCGACUUUGACGACCCUGCUUCAUCACCGCGUACGAGGCAGCUGCUGGAGAUUGUCAACUCGCGGGAUUUGGCGCGGAUCAAGGGCCUCCAUGGCUUUGGGCCCAAGAAGGCGCAGGACUUGGUCGACUGUCUUGCUCUUAGGGGAAUCGGGGAGUCGGGGAGGGUCGAGUCGCUCGCUCAGCUACGGAUGCUUCCUGGAAUGGGGGGACGCGCGGUCGAGAGGGCGUACGAGGGAUUGGUUGUCGAAGGUGCGUGAAGAGUCUGUUGGUCUAGGUUGUUCGGUAAAUGUUGUCUGUACCUGGGUUUCCUGGUUUCUUCCCACAUCUCUCGUUCUUGCAAGGUUGGGGCGGCCCUGCCCGGUCCAGCAUCGGGCCAAUGCAUUGCUUGGAGUUUGUGGCUAGAGGUGUUGGUUUAGUAUAUAUGUUUUCGUUAAUUAGGGGUGGGUGUCGUUUCUAGCAUUGUUCAUCUGCCGUUGGAUGGAUGAGCAAACAUUCGUUAAUGUACUUAUUAGACUUGAAAUUCUGUUCAAAGUGGUCCAUCGGGAGUUAGGAUGAUAUAAAGAUACGGAUAACGUUGAUGUUAGUGAGUUUGGG